UAAAUCCACUUCUCUCUCACCAUCUCACGUCCGAUCUCUCCUCUCUGAGCUCUCAUCACGAGUCAACCCCUUUCUCCGUCGAAAUUCGCAUGCUUAAACUCUGAGAGAAGAAGAUGACUAUGACGGAGGAGAAACCAACUUCCGACGGCAAAGGAGGUUGGGGUUUCUUCAAGAUUCCAUUUCGUAACUCAAGCGGUCACAGAAACGCCGCUUCAAGUGCUGCUACUUCUCCGUUUCCAUCUGGAGCUUCUUCUUCUUCUACUUCUUCUCAUCUACAUAACCAUCAUCAACAUCAUCAUCAACAUCACCAUCAGCACCAUCAUCAGCUUGGUUAUAACGGUCCUCACGGUGAUGGAUCGGGUCAAAAUCAACAUCCGACUCCUUCUCCUUCAGUUUCAUCUGUUGCUAAGUCUUUUCUUCCUACUAAACGAAGAUUGAAGCUUGAUCCUUCUGAGAAACUCUAUUUUCCUUAUGAGCCUGGGAAGCAAGUUAGGAGUGCUAUUAAGAUUAAAAAUACAAGCAAAUCACAUGUAGCCUUCAAGUUUCAAACAACUGCGCCGAAGAGUUGCUUUAUGCGUCCACCUGGUGCUAUUCUUGCUCCUGGAGAGACUAUUAUUGCUACUGUGUUUAAAUUUGUUGAGCCUCCUGAGAAUAAUGAGAAGCCAAUGGAUCAAAGGAGCAGAGUGAAGUUUAAAAUCAUGAGCCUGAAGGUGAAAGGUCCAAUGGACUAUGUGCCUGAGCUGGUAUGUUGAUCUUCUGAUCUUAUCUAUUAGCUGAUCUUUGAACAUGAAAACAGUAGUAACAUAUCCGAAUCCAGAUAGAACAUAAGAUAUUGACCCAUCUCUAAAACAUAAGAUAUCAAUGACUAGACUAAGAAUGUGUUUUGGUCUGAGUAGAGGUUUCCAGUUACCUUUUAAGGCACAAACAUAUAACCAAGCAUUCCACUGAAUGCUGUUUCCAUCUAAAAGACAUAUCGAUUGCUUUUGUUUUUGUUUUUUUCUCAGUUCGAUGAGCAAAAGGAUGAUGUCUCUAAGGAGCAAAUAUUGCGUGUGAUUUUCUUGGAUCCUGAGCGCUCCAACCCUGCAUUGGAAAAACUGAAGCGUCAAUUAGCAGAAGCGGAUGCAGCGGUGGAGGCACGAAAGAAACCUCCAGAGGAAACAGGUCCAAAGAUGAUUGGAGAAGGGCUUGUGAUCGAUGAAUGGAAGGAGCGUAGAGAGAGAUAUCUUGCACAGCAACAAGGCGAAGGAGCUGACUCUGUCUGAGAGACUAAAAGAGUUUUCUCAGGACAAAAACAAGUGCGCUUGUGAAGAUGAAGAAGAAGGGACCGCUAUAUUGAAUUUAUAUGCUAACUUCUAGAUUCAUGAUGCAAUAUAUAAGGAUCAUGCUGGUAAAAAAAAAAGACAAUGAAGGAAACUUUUUUCAUGUAAAAAAGAAAUGUAAACUUGGGUUUGAUGAUAAUGAAUUGUUCAUGUUAAGGACU